UCACAAACUUAACCACAGAAAGGGAACUGUCGUCACCAGUAACAGCUCAGCUCUAACAAGGAAAAGCUUUGAGAACGGUUCCUGUUUCUUCAGAUCAGACGGAGAAUGGCUCUGCUGGAGUUGAUCGUCAUUUUGGUGCUUCAGUUUGGGGUGGGCAACGGUCAAGAAAAGAUUUACCACAUCUUCCAACCUGAACAAGACGUCACCCUGCCCUGUGGCUCUCCGUCAUCCUCUGGACCUCUACAGUGCUCUAAAAUUUUAUGGCUUUUUAACAGAGAUUUUUCAGAGACCUUUGUUGAGUCAAGAAGAGGAACAGUUAAUCGGAAGUCACUCCGAGCUGACCGGCUGAGUUUGGAUGCAAACUGUUCUUUGGUCAUUAAACGUGUCACUGCAGAGGAUGUUGGUCUCUACACGUGUCGACAAAGGGAUUUUCAUCAUUAUGAUGUCAGUGUGUAUCUCAGUCUUUUUACAAUCUUUCCGACACCUACUGACUCCGAUUCAAGGAGCAGCAGUGAUGUCAGAUUAGAGUGUUCUCUGCUGAGAUACAGAGGUUUGAGUUCUUGUCAACCAAACAGCCUCCGCUGGGUGGAUGAGACAGGAGCUGUGAUUACUGACGGUGUUACAAAGAGUUCCAGACAUGCAGACUGUUUCUCUGACCUGAAAGCCAUGUGGAUCGGCAACAAUAAGACAUUCACCUGCCAGUCUGUUAACCAGGAGAACAAUGUGGAGAUACAGGCUGACUACACACCUUUGGUCAAGGGAACUCAGAGAAACACCACCGUUAAAGCCGACAUCAUGCUACUGGUGGAUGGCUCAUGGAGUAUUGGCCGCACAAACUUCAGAACUAUCCGCAGCUUUAUCGCUCGUAUAGUUGCAGCGUUCGACAUCGGCCCUGACACAGUUCAGAUUGGUCUGGCUCAGUACAGUGGAGACCCAGAGACAGAGUGGCACCUGAAUGCCCACAAAACCAAGGAAUCCCUGCUGAAUGCUGUUGCCAACCUGCCAUACAAAGGAGGAAGCACCAUGACAGGACUGGCUCUGAACUACAUCCUGAACAACAACUUCAAACCUGAGGUUGGGAUGCGAGAGGACUCCCAUAAACUUGGCAUCCUCCUCACUGAUGGAAAGUCCCAGGACAAUGUCAUCAUGGUGUCACAAACCCUGAGGGCUAAAGGCAUAGAGCUGUAUGCUAUUGGUGUGAAAAAUGCUGAUGUGAAUGAGUUGAAGUCCAUCGCUUCUGACCCACAUGAAACCCACGUGUACCACGUCUGGGGCUUCAGUCAUCUGCUGGACAUUGUCGACAAUCUCACUGACAACCUGUUUAACAGCAUCAAGGGUCCAGUAGGUUGCAGUAGAGAAGACUUCUAUCACUUCUCCCAACCUGAACAAGUCAUCACUCUGCCCUGUGGUGCUCCGUCCCCCUCUGGCCGUGUACAAUGCUCUGAAACGUCUUGGUUUUACAGCAGAACUCCGUCAAAUGCUUUAAUUGAGGCAAAUGAAGGAAAGACUAAUCCGAGGUCGCUCCGAGCUGGUCGGCUGAGUUUGGACGCCAACUGUUUUUUAGUCAUCAAACGUGUCACUGCUGAGGAUGUUGGUCUCUACACGUGUCGCCGGGGUGAUUCUGAGCGUUAUGAUGUCAGUGUGUAUCUCAGUCUUAUCAAAGUCUCUUCAAAAGCAGCAGACUUUGAUCCAUCGAGGAACGAUGAAAUCGCAUUAGAGUGCUCCCUGUUGAGCUACAGAGGUCUUCGCCUAUGCCGACCAAACGGUCUUCGCUGGGUGAAUGAGACAGGAGCUGUGAUGACUGACGGUGUUACAAAGACUUUCAGAGAUGAAAGCUGUUUCUCUGACCUGAAUGUGACCCACCAGAGCGGCUACAACAGGAAAUUCACCUGCCAGUUUGUCAACAAGGAGAACAAUGUGGAGAUACAGGCCAACUACACACCUGUACACACAGGGAGCAACAGUCGAGCAAACCUCUAUCGCUUCUCCCAACUUGAACAAGCCGUUACCCUGUCCUGUGACACUCCAUCACCCUCUGGACCUCUACAAUGCUCCAACAUUUCAUGGCUUUAUAGCAGAGCUUUAUCAAAUGCUUUAAGGGAGACUAAUGGAGGAAAGAUUAAUCCGAGGUCCCUCCGAGCUGGUCGGCUGAGUUUGGACACGAACUGUUCUUUGGUUAUCAACCGUGUUACCACUGAGGACGUUGGUCUCUACACGUGUCGACGGGGUGAUUCUGAUCAUUACGAUGUCAAUGUGUAUCUCAGUGUUUUCACAGUCUCUCUGAUACCAGAAGAUCUAAGACGCACUGAUGAACUCACAUUAGAGUGCUCUCUGCUCAAAGACAGAGAUCUCCAUUCUUGUCAACCAAACAGUCUCCGCUGGGUGAGUGAGACAGGAGCUGUGAUUACGGACGGUGUUACAGAGAGUUUCAAAGAUGAAGACUGUUUAUCUUCUCUAAAUGUGAUGCGUCAGAGCAGCAACAAGACAUUCACCUGCCAGUUUGUUAACCAGGAGGGCAUGGUGGAGAUACAGGCCAACUACACACCUGUCUUCACAGACUGGUCUCCUCUGAGCUCCAUCAUGCUUGUUCUGCGUAUUUCAGCUCUUGUUUUGAUGAUCUUGAGCACUGUUUUGGUCUUCAACCUUAGAGGUAGCAUCAAACCACCUUGUAAAAUGCAUGAGGAUGUCAUUGAAGCUGACUAUGAAAAUGCAUUUGGUGCUGCUUCCAUUGAACUGCAACAACUUCAUGAUUAAGUCAAGAGCAAGUCAAAUAUCAUCGUAGUCACUCUGCAGCAGUGAUCAUCAACGGGUGGCUCAGGGGAGGGGAAAACAUCAAGCCCCCCACAUCCUCCCAUCCGGCCCCCAGAGCAUCACCAAGUUCAGAACAUGUGCAGAGGAAAAGAUAUGUUGUAGUAUUUUUAGUUUAGAGUUUAAUGAAUCUACCAGGAUGCUCUUCCACCGUUACAACCCUCUGAGGCUUACUGAGUACAACUACCUGCAGAAUGCUUGUACAAUGUACCAAGUUUUCCAUAAACAAAACGACAAACUAAGUAACCUCAUUCCAAUCUUUCUACCAAAGCACAGUUACACAGCCAGGAGCAAAAAUAAAAUCACUGGGGAAAAAAAACGUAGGCUACAGUGCACUAGCUUCAGCAUUGUCUGCAGAGGACCACAGAUUUGGAAUGAGCUUACAGAGAAACUGAAAAUGUCACAUACAAGAAAAAUCUAAAAAAGCAACUUCCAUCAUUGUAUGUCUAAUCUACUGCUUAUAUGAACCAUCUUGUCUUUGAAAAUCACCUGUCAUAUUAUUCCACCUAUCCAUCUUUCUAGACAUAUAUGUAUCCAUUAUUGUACAUCUGUAUGAACCAACAAACCUAAUCCAACCAGAUCACUGGGACUGUGUUUUUUUGUUUUGUUUUGUUUUGUAUGUCUACCUUAUGUCUGGUGUACGCUGUUAUAUCUUACACAUAUUUGUUGUUUGUUAUCUGUAGAAAAUCGGGCCCCCUUUUAAAAGCUUUAAAUAGCUUCCUUGGAGUUUGUUGCUGCAAAUGUUAUAGAUUGUUUAAUCGUUGCUUGUGUGUGACCUGCUGAACUUGUUGAACUUGAACUUUUUCUAAAUAAGCUCCCAACAGCUUUUGAAACAACUCCACAUGACUUUAUGUUUGAUCCAUUUUUCAGAAAACCACUUGUCAGAUGUUACUAGCAAAUAUUAUGCAUGUUAAGCACAAAUAUAUCAGUCCAUUCCUGAUAAAACUGCUAUUUCAUUUGUUAACUUUUGGCUUCAGGAAUAUUCAGCGAAAAUUUGUUAAUCGCCCCCUUGUGGCUGACUGUGAUAAAUAGGAUUGAUCUCAUUGUUAGAGCCUAACAAUUACAUACAUUUGAAAGAAGUUACAAUAUUUCAAAUAAAAAGAUUCCAUUCUACACUCUUUGCAAGAAAAAUUAAUUUUGAAAUUUUUGUGGAACUUCAUGUGUUUAUGUGUGUUUAAAAAAAUUUCUGCUUUUUUUUUUCUCCUCAAAAAUGAGGUAUAAUUUCAUGCAAAUGAUGUCUAUCAUGCCAUAGAUUACAAAAAUGUGUGUAGCAUUUAUGUUAACAUGUUGGAAACAAGUUGACUAAAAGGUGCUACUCAGAACUGUGUAAACAUUUUAUACCUCACGCUUUAUAAACAGUCAAACAAGACCAGGUCAAUUUGACCCAGGAGGACAACAGGUGUGACUAUUUGCUGCCUUUAAAAAAAUAGAAAUGGUUUUAAAACAAUAUUCAAACUAAACUUUGACAUAUACCAAAC